AUGUUAAAACUCUCCCCCCACCACCACCUCCUUCCUUUCCUCCUUCUCCCCCUCCUCACAUCCGCCGAAUUCAUCUUCCCAGCGGACAACACUAUCCCACCAAAUAGCACCUGCUCAACAACCUACACCCGCCCACUACAAUGCAGCCCCGGCCUGCUAUCCCUCAUCGACAACACCACCGAUGUCAGUAUCCGCUUCGCACCCACGCUGCUGACGAGCACUUGCACAUCCGAAUGUUACAACGCCCUAACGCAGUGGACGGGUGACAUCCUUCGAGAGUGUAUAAACGCAACCUCCGCCUCCUCCUCCUACAGCUCACCCGGCAGCGGCACAAGCACCCUACAAAAGAUCCUAAACCCGAAAACGCAAUGGCUAGAAACCGCCUGGUUCGCCACGUGCCUAACAGACCUGACACUCCCCACCCACCCUUUCUGCACAACCUACAACACCACAACUAAAUCCCUCAUGCGCCUCUACAACCCCGCCCUCAUGAGCAGUCUCAACAUCACCACAACCUUCUGUAACAGCUCCUGCGCCGUGCAGACAAGCAUCUACCUGCACGAGACCAGCGCCCAGAAGCCUAACGUGUUAGACCCGCGCCAGGUGUGUCCCGGCCUGGACACCAGGCCGUUCUCGUUCCCGGAGGCGUGGAAAGUUAAGAGUAGCCCUGGAUGGCAGUCAGGCGGCGAGGGCGGACGAGGGGUAGAUGGGGAGGUAGGAGUGGGGAAUAGCACUACUGGUGGCCAAAGCGGAAAGAAUGAGACUUCUACCAAUUCGACAGGCUCAGGCUGGCAGAGCGGUGGUGAAGGUGGGCGACCGUUCGUGAACGAAAGCACUGGGAAUUCGACUGGCUGGUAUCAAGGCGGGGAGGGCGGAAGGGGACUAAAUACUAGCAGCGUUGUCAACGACACGCAACAAGGAGGCAGUUUACCCGCGGCCAAUGGCGCAGGGGCAGGAGCAAGGGUAUCCUUACUAGCUGUGGCGAUCGUGAUUGGAGCCAUGAUGGUAGGGUUGUAG